AUGUCUGCUUCAAAAUGCCGCAUCACGCUCCUGGACAUGCCCGAUGAGAUGCUCACUCAAAUCGCCUACACUGUCGAGCCGGAGGCGUUGGCGUUGCUGCGUUUGACCUGCAAAGCACAUCCGUAUCCAGCUAGAAUGGAACGAUCGCGACUUCCAUGGCGAGCCAUACCCAUUCAUGACCAAACUCUCUCGCCCGCUUCGCCACGAUCUGAGCUGGAAACCCUCGAGAUAAGAAACUUGAUGUGCGACCACAGCGAUAGUAUCUCGCCUCCUAUCAUUGCAUACAGCGGACGCACAUGGUGCGAUGACGUGGAGGAAGUUCGUGCCGGGUUUGACGGUCUGAUCGCCCAGAUACAUACAAGAAGAGAGAGACUUCUCAUGGGUGAAGAGGAAGAUGGUGACUACAGCGGACCUGGAUGGAGCGAUGAGGAUGAUGGUUUCGAGGAGAGUGAUUACGAGUUGGAACGCGAAAACGGGUCUGAAGAUGAGAGUGACAGUGAGUCUACUGAUCAAGACGACGAGGCAAUCUGGGACAUGUAA